CGCGCCCUCGGAGAAGGAAGGAGGUUGUCUUUCCCUGCUGCAAAGGCUCGCUCGUGCGCACGCGUACUGGGAAAAAUUCCUGGACCCGGGAAGCGAGUGAGUGGCCGGGGAGGUCGUUGGUCUGUCUCCUUAGGGCUUGUUAUCAGAAUCCUGAUGGCUGUUUUGGAAAAGUGUUCAAGGUUAUUCCUAACCCAAGUAAGAAGAGCAAUUUAUCAGCAGAAUUUCAGCACCAGCAGCGUAUGCAGUGCGAUACAGAAGAUGACCCGUGUGCGAGUAGUAGAUAACAGCACCAUGGGAAACACACCAUAUCACAGGCCACCAAAGUGCAUUCACGUGUACAACAAAAGUGGAGUGGGCAAAGUGGGGGACAAAAUCCUGCUGGCUAUCAAAGGGGAAAAGAGAAAGGCUUUGAUUGUUGGUCACAGGAUGCCUGGCCCUCGCAUGACUCCCAGGUUUGAUUCCAACAACGUGGUACUCAUUGAAGAUAAUGGAAACCCGAUAGGGACAAGAAUUAAAACCCCAAUACCUUCUUUCCUGAGGAAACGUCAAGGAGAAUUUUCAAAAGUGUUGGCUAUUGCCCAGAACUUUGUAUGAAAACUAUUUAAAUAUCCUAUAGCCUACUGUUUCCUUUCUGCUACUAGAUCUGAGGAAGAAGAAACAUGAACAAAGUCUUUCAUUUUGCUUAUGAAGGAAAACCCAUUACUUUCUUAAAAUAAACUUACGUUGUCUUUUUUCUGUCAAUUAUUAUGUUGUGUCAUUAAAGUUCAGAAUGUUAAUGUACAAUUCUGUUUUCCAGAACUGAUGCUGUGCCGGGGGGGGCGGGGGGGCAGAGAAGGGCAGAGAAUAAUUGUAACUCAUUUCCCAGUGACAGUUUUUAUUGUUUCAAUAAUGCAUUUGUAGGACUAUGUCACCCCAUGCAUAAGGCCACUACAGAAAUAGUGGAUAACUUAGUAAGUGUGUUUUUAAGGUUUCUAGUCUACAUGAAUUUGGAAAACACCUCACAAACAUAGGUGGCGUGGCAAAGAAUACAUGAAAGCACAAUAAUUCUUGGCUGUUCUUUUUGCUCCCACUGUUUAUAUUUUUCCCCUUCAUCAGUUCUUGUUACAGCAUUCCAAAGUCCAUGAAAUACUGCCACUAGCAUGAAUUAGAACUGAUGUUUUUAAAUCACCCAGUCUGGAGGGGAUAACAUUUAAAAUCUGAAUAAUUCCUUAUGCACUACUUGUGUUCCACAUAUUGUGUCACAAUAUCAUCUACAGAUGUCAGAAUUAAGUUGCGAUUUCUUGUUACCAAGGUACUAAUAAGAGUGUCCAGGUGGAAUGAUGUGUGAAAACCUAGGAUGAACAAUCUGCCUUUCAGGUGUUUUAUGAUAAGAAGAUUUUCUCCCUCAUUGUGCCAUCUAGUGGUAGCCUAUAGGUGCCCAUGUUUUGUUUUCUUUGUUACCUGUGUAAUAUCAUAGUAAGUUCUGUGAUAAUCAUCAAUAAAACCUCUGUAUGGGAAAUGUUUUUUAAUUGCUCCCUCAGACAUUUGCCUAUUGUGAAUAAAAUAGCCUCCUAAACAGUU